UGGUGCAGUUUCCCCGAACGCUAGUGCUCUGAUUUGCCAUCCAUACCUGCGGGUCGAUCUUAUCUUAUAAAAGAUCCAUAACAAUAUAAGUUCAUCUUUCUCUUAAAAAAAAAAACGAAUAUAAGUUCAUAGAGAGAGAGAGAGAGAGAGAGAGAGAGAGAGAGAGUCAUUAUGACCUGGUGUUUCAAAUACACUAAUUAUAUAUAGAAUAUAUAUGCUCACUGGCCGUCAUAAAAUCUCUACGAUCAUAUUGUCUUUUAUUUUUCCUUUUUCACGUGGGCCGACCAUUAUCAAACAAUAUAUAGCUAAGUUUUGAAACAUCAACAGAGGAAGAUCAGGCGGCCAGUAGUUGAAGGGAGGCUGUUGGAUCUGCUGCUUUACAUCAUUAAUUAAUCUGCUUAAUUGGAGACUGGAGAGUGCAGAAGAAUGCUAAUAUUCCAUCAUCAGAAACUGGCCUCAUUCACCAACAAAUUUGCAUCUUUAAUUUUUAUUUUUCUUCUUCCAAUCGUUGGCCGUUCUUCUCAUGAACUUACCAUGGAAUCCAGCAGCCACCAUAGCAUCAACCGUAACAUUUACAAGCCAAGUCGUGAAAUGACAUUGGAUAUUGCACUUCAUGGGGUUCUGCUAUGGGCUUCCAUGGGCUUCUUAAUGCCUCUUGGGAUCCUCACCAUCAGAAUGUCCAAUAAAGUGGACUCUGGGAGAAAUCUGAAGGCUCUCUUCUAUUCACAUCUCAUCUUGCAGGUAGUGGCGGUGGGACUGGCGACGGCAGGAGCAGUGUUGUCCAUAAAGAAAUUUGAGAAUUCAUUCGAUAACAGCCACCAAAGAGUAGGCCUUGCUCUUUAUCUUGCCAUUUGGGUACAAGUCCUCACCGCCUUUUGCAGGCGUCAUAGGGGAAGUAAAGGGAGAAGCGUUUGGUACUUUAUGCAUUGGAUACUUGGAACAACGAUAUCUCUGGCUGGAAUCAUCAAUGUGUACACAGGUCUAAAGGCCUACCACCGCAAAACAUCAAAAGGAAUUUGGCUUUGGACUCUGCUUUUUUCAGCUGAGGUCUCUUUCCUGGCCUUCCUCUACCUCUUCCAAGACAAAUGGGAAUACAUGCAGAAGCAAGGAGUGGUGCUGGGCACUAAUGAGGAACCUGCAGCUGCAGCUGACGGUCGAGGCGAUCCACAAAGCCAUACCCCGAUCAAGCUGCAGCUGCAGCUGCAGGCCGAGCCACACAAGAAAAGAAACGCACUCAUGAAUUAUUUAAAAUGACGUGCAUGUUAAUUAAUUGGGAUUCUUUUCGAUCAACUUUUCUAAUCUAUUGUUUUGCCCCUUGCAUCCUCAUCUUCUCUCUGCUUUUGGAUGCUUGCACUUCACAUGAGUGAAAGGGUUCGCUUUUCAUUAGAAAACUCACUGGAGUGCAUGCAUCAAAAACCAGGGUUAAAGCAGUCAUGUUAAUUUAGGAGUUGGGUUUUGAAAUAUUGAGUGUACGUAAUAGUAUAUGUGUAACCUUGUAGGAAAGAUUUCAGACAGAGAGAGAGGCUUUGGUAUUAAUUUAAAAGAAAUUAAUGCUUGAGAUGAGGAUACAUGCUGGCUAGAAGAAUAGUUUUUUGUUUUUUUUUUGACGUCUGGUAAGAAGAACAGUUAUUUUCUGGCAAGAGUGAAGCUCCAAUUGUACCUGAUUGUGUUGUGUUGUUUGGUGAUGUAUACAUAUAUAGCAUCCAAUAUUUUAUUGGAUAAGGCUACUUUGAUUGCAAGGGUUUAUUGCAA